CUGACCUUGACAUUGUGGUAUAUUGAUUGUUGCUAACCCACACCUGGUCACUGUAGUAGACCAUAUUUAUGGAGCUCACAUGGGAAUAUAGAUGCCCUGGACCUUGGUGACGGAUGACAAUCAGCCAGCUGGGUGAUUAUGUAUAGAGCACAUAUUAGGGCUGAAUAUGCACUCGAAAGUUGUACGCCAUUAAUCAACCAACCUGUCGACCUGUCAAAAGAUUUGCAGAACACAAUGUGCUUAUUAUCUUUGCUAUGAGCUCUCGCUGUAAAUGGACAACGCUCAAGAUAACGGCGGUUCAUGGCUAUAGAUGCAUGUGAGUGGAACGGGAACGGAGCUGUCUCCCUGAAGCAACUUUGAUGAUUCUGCGGGCGCCUGUCGGAGUACGAUGUCUUGUUUUGGGGGAAGCCGAAGGCGGUGUGAUGGAGGGUGGCUGGUUGUGCUAGCUUGUUUCGGCGUGAACACGUUGAUGAUGGGGUACAUCAAGUGUUUCGGAAUCCUCUUCGUGGAGUUUAUAAACGAGUUCCAGGCCUCUGCAUCAAUGACGUCACUAGUGAUGGGCCUGACUUCAGCAUCAACCAGUAUAAUGUCUCUCGUGGUUCUAAACAUCCUUAUGGACCGACUGAGUAUCAGGAAACUGGCGCUGGCCGGGGCCAUCCUAAUUUCUCUCGGAGUCACCCUCUCCUCUGUAUCUGCCAGUAUAGAAUUCCUCCUGUUUUCUCAAAGUCUACUCGUAGGUUCCUCGCAAGGGUUGUUGUAUGGUCCUGGUAUCGUGCUGAUUGGGCAAUACUUUGACCAGAGGCGAACCAUAGCAACAGCUAUAGCUGCGUCAGGGAUCAGUGCUGGUGCCAUGCUGAUGCCGCUUUUGUUAAGGUACCUUCUGGAUACGUACAGCUUUCGAGGCGCUCUUCUUAUGCUUGGAGGAUUAAUGAUGGAAAUUAUCGUAUGUGUGAGCUUCUACAGAGCACCUCCUGACAAAAUUGAAGGAGAGGGUCUUGAUGACAAAGAUAUAAACCACGAAGAGCAUAAUGCUGGAAGUGAGGACGACACGGCAAAUAGUGGAUAUGUACAUAAACCUCAUUGUAAUGGACUGCGUGAUUCCCUUCUACCUGAACUUACUCCUGCUGAUGUCACAGAAGAAGAGCCUGUCUGUGAUUGUCAGAAACAGCUUACCAGUGCCAACAAACCGGUCAUCCGGAUCCACGAACAUUCUGAAUCUACUGGUAACAGCAUAGAUGCUAAUUUCAAUCGCUGUUUAGCUUCAGAGAUAUCAAGCAGUUCUCAAUAUCUCAAGUUUUCUAGUCACUCUGACUCAAUUAGUUUGUCUACAUUUAAUUUGCACAGCAACAUCGCAGCACUGAGCGAAAGUUCUUUGAACAAGGAAUCCAAAUGUUCUAACAGGAAGUGCGAUGCGGCUCUCUUUAAGAGUCUAAAGUUUUGGAUAAUAUUUGGGUUUACCUUCUUUGGAAUCAUAGGAACUAAUAUGUUUCCAGUCCUCCUGCCACCGCUAGCCAAUGAAAAGGGCUUGAGUGAAAUGGAGAUAGCACUGCUUGUAAGUCUAUUUGCUGGAUCAGACUUCAUCAGUCGGGUGUGUUCAGGCAUUGUCGCAGAACUUCCCUGGGUCAACAGGCGUUACAUGCUGAUCAUCAUGUUCUUCGCUCUUGGGAUCAUCUAUCAGUUUACGUCUUUCUACUCCAGCUUCCAGCUCAUGCUGAUGUUUGUUGUGUUGUUUGGACUCAUUAAUGGAGUAUACGCUACUCUACACCCACCGCUUAUAAUAGAUUUCCUAGGAUUCGACUAUUUCUCAAAAGUAUUUGGAUUUGUUCAAGUGUUCCACGGUGCUGCUAUGUCAACCUCAUUCCCUCUGCUUGGAUUUCUACGUGACGUCACGGGAACGUAUACAACGUCGUUCUAUGUCCUUGGGGCGACUCAGUUCAUCGGAGCCGUGUUCCUCCUAGUGGAACCACUCUCACGGAGGGACACUUGAAUCAGUACUUGGAGUUCUAUAAUCUAUACAUUGUUGAAAUAUUUAACAGACACUUUACUUAGGGAUCGAUGAUUUAAUAUUCCGAGCUGGAGGGAAGUACUGAGUAAUUGUUCGGAAAUAUUUGCACGAUUUUCAGGUUAUAUGUAAAUUAAGUAUAAAUAAUAAUCAUUGUAUCAAUUAUAUUGAAUCAACAAUAAUAUAUAGUCUAUGUCUGUUCAGUGCAUUUGAAUCAAAAGUCAAGUUAUGAAUUGGUUAAUUGUGAUAUGGAUUUGGAUUGAAAUGCUUGUCUAUACACUUAAUAUAUUGAUCCAUAAGUUUGUUUUGUAAAACGGAAUGGCUGGCUAAGUCAGAUCGUUGUGUAUCAUGUCCAGUGGUUGCAAAUAUUCACAUUUGUUUUAAGAUUAGGUCACGACGCACCACAAAAACUCAAUAAAAUAUGUUCUAUUCUGUUCA